AUGUACGUCGAGAAGCUCUCGCCGUCGGGUGGGACUUCUCAACCGUACCCGAUUGUCCUUUUGCACGGUGGCGCCCAAACCGGCACAAACUUCCUCAACAAGCCCGACGGCGGCAGAGGAUGGGCCUCCUGGUUCCUGGAGCAGGGCUACGAGGUCUACAUCGCCGACCGAACCAUGACCGCGCGCUCAGCCACAAUCCCCCAAGACGGCUACUCAGAGGACGUCUUCUCUGCUGAAUUCAUUGCCCAGCGAUUCACAAACGUGCAGGACUAUCCUCUCUGGCCGCAAGCCAAACUACACAGCCAGUGGCCUGGAACCGGUGAACGCGGCGACAAAGUCUUCGACGCAUACUACGCAAGCACCGUGCAGUCCAUCUCCGACAGCCUCGCGCAAGAACAAACCAUGCAAUCCGCCGGCGAAGCCCUCCUCGACAAGAUCGGCCCUGUCGUGCUCAUCACACACUCCCAGGGCGGGCUGUACGGCUGGUCCUGGGCCGACAGCAGACCCUCGCUCAUCAAGGCCCUGAUCCAGAUCGAACCGAAGGGUCCGCCGUUCCGCGAAGUCAUCUUUUCGAACUCCCUCAGUCGGCCGUGGGGGCUGACCUCGAUCCCGCUAACGUAUGAGCCUGCGCCGACGAAUAUGACCGCCCCGCUGGCUAUGAAGACGGUCCCGUCGGAUUCGCCGGGGGAGUUGCUGGAGUGUAUCGUCCAGGCUGAACCGGUGAGGAAAUUGACGAAUCUGGCGAAGGUGCCGAUUCUGAUUGACACCGGCGAGGCGUCAUACCAUGCGCAGUAUGACUAUUGUUUUAUCAAGUUCCUGGCGCAGGCGGGUGUUAAGGCGCAGCAUCUGGAGCUGGGGAAAAAGGGGAUCCAUGGGAAUGCGCAUCUGCAGUUUCUGGAGCAGAACUCGGAUCGCAUUGCGGGGGUUCUGCAUGAGUGGAUUGGGAAUGUUACUAAAUCUGCUUAA